UUGUUAGCAAUCAAGAUGGCAAUUUCAAUUUCAAAGAAGAAAGCUAAGGUUAACGAAAGAGUUGAACAUAAAGAAGUUGGUUUCUUUUUUUCUUCUUUUUUAGCUAAAUUUUUGUUUAGAAUUCCAUCUAUAGUCCUUAUUUUGAUUCUUAUCUUCUUAUGGUCUUCUUCUACUACCAUUAUUUCUGGUAAAGUAGUUCAUGUUUGCAUCUCAUUGCGUAAACUCAACGAUCUUUAUUGCAUUUCUGCUGGCACUGAACCAAAUCUUGAUAUCGCGGUUCCUCCUCUCAAUGGAACUUCUUCUUCUAGUUUAGUUGAUCAGAAGGAUACCGCGUCAAAAGUAUCUAGUCCUCAAGACACUCGAGUUGCAAUAGUCGAUGAAAGUUCCUCAUCAAUUGAUGCAAUCGAUGUUUCACUACAAGAACCUAGUCCUCUUGACAUUCCAAUUCCGCGUUUCAAUGAUAGUUCAUCAUCAACAGAUGCUAUGGCAAAUGUUGUUGAUGUUUCGCUACGAGAAUCUAGUCCUCUUGACAUCCCAAUUCCGCGUGUCAAUGAUAGUUCCACAUACAUUCCUAGUGAGAAACAAGAAAGUACAACCGUAUCUGUUGAUUCUUUCGCAGGAAAGAAAAAUGUUGCUUUCAGAAACAACAUGAUUAAAAGUGGUGAUGAGGAACUAGUGAUGGCUUACAAUGAUGUGGAGGAUCAAUUGCAGGUGCAUCGUUCGUGGGCUGCAACUAGCCAAAACAAUGCAACGUGCGAUGGCAAGGGAAUUUACGUGUAUGAUUUACCAUCAAAGUUCAACAAAGACUUGGUAGCUCAUUGUGCAGAUAUGAUUCCUUGGAUCAACCUUUGCAAGUACUUCAGCAACGAGGCGAUGGGAGAACCUAUACAGAAUCUUGGCAAAGGGUGGUACCAGACACAUCAGUAUUCACUAGAGCUGAUAUUUCAUUCGCGUGUUCUGAAUCAUCCUUGUAGAGUGCACAAUGCAGAUGAAGCAAAACUGUUUUAUGUGCCCUUUUAUGGUGGACUUGAUAUCUUGAGAUGGCAUUUCAAGAAUGUAUCGAACGAGGUCAAGGACUCAUUGGGAUUAGAACUUGUAAGAUGGUUAGAGUCACAGCAGCAUUGGUUUCAAAAAUCAGGUAAUGAUCAUGUCUUUGUCUUGGGAAAAAUUUCUUGGGACUUCAGAAGAUAUAGCAACACAAACUGGGGGAGUAGGUUCUUGGAGCUAGACGAAAUGCAGAAUCCGGUUAAGCUCUUGAUCGAACGACAACCAUGGCAUGUUAACGACAUAGGAAUACCACAUCCUACUUAUUUCCAUCCACAAACCGACAAUGACAUAAUCGCGUGGCAAGACAGGAUCAUCAAGUCAAAUCGGAGAAGCCUCGUGUCCUUUGCUGGUGCAGCAAGACCUGAUGCACCAGCAAACAUAAGGUCAAUCUUGAUCAGCCAAUGCACAUCAGCCAAAGACCAAGAAUGCACAUUCCUGGAUUGCAACUCAGGCAAAUGUCAUCAGCCCGAGUCGAUAAUACAACUCUUCAUGGAAUCUGAAUUCUGUUUGCAGCCUCCAGGGGACAGUCCAACAAGAAAAUCAGUUUUCGACUCGUUGAUAUCAGGUUGCAUACCUGUGAUCUUUGAUCCCUUUACAGCAUACUAUCAAUACUCAUGGCAUUUACCAGAAGAUCAUAAAAAAUACUCAGUGUUCAUAGAUCAAGAAGAUGUGAGGAAUAUGAAAGUCAAUGUUGUGGAGACGCUUAUGCAAAUUACAACAAAAGAAAGAGAGGACAUGAGAAGUUACAUAACAUAUGAGCUGUUACCUGGAUUGGUAUAUGGAGAUCCAAAAUCCAAGUUGGAAAAAUUUCAAGAUGCAUUCUCAAUAACUAUAAACAAUUUGUUUCAAAGAUUGAACAAAUUGGAAUCAUGACUUGUUAUUUUUAUUUAU